CCGGAACCACCGCGAGUUUGAGCUUUGGGCGCGUGAACGCCGCGUCCGUUUUGCCAACCAUGUUUGACGCGUGGGGCAGCCGCCUUAAGACGUUGCUGGCUGCGGUUCCUGUGGCGGCCAUCGUCGCCUAUUUCUUUGUAUCCAGGCGCCGCGCCUUGUGCGCAGGACGUGAGCCCGAGGUCGGUCAGGCACAGGCCGAGCGAGCCAACAGCUCAGUUUCCGAGGCGCCUGUGGAAGAAGGGCAGGAGCGACGCCGUGAAGGGUUCAAGGCUCCCAAAAAGUGUGAGGAGGAGAAGCUGCAACUCUCACGGCAGCAACUGCAUUGGAGCUACAGUGCUGGUGGUGCUCCAGUGCUGUUGGGUCCCGGAGGCAUGGUCGAGCACCAACGCAAGGUGAUGAGUCCAAAUGAGAAAAGGGAGAUGGAUUUGAUGUUGAAGUAUCAGGGUCGGGGAAGCCGCACCGUGUCUGGCAGCUUCGAAGCUGCGAAGGCAAAGAAGGCAAAGAAGGCUCGUCAGACGCAGCGCAAAAGUGCGAAGGUUGAGGAGACCCCUGAGGUUGAUGCCUCGUUCCAGAAGAUGGCGAAUGAGCUGAGUGUGGUUGAGCUGGAGGCCAUGAUUUUGAAACCCGACGGCAAGGCGAAAAAGGCCAAGAAGCCAAAAGGUCGCAAGAAGAAGGCCUUUCUGGCUGAGGACCCCGAGGUCGUGGAGAUCCCGGAGCUUGUGAAGGUCGAGGUGACCGAGAUGGCGACGGAGGAGUCCGAGGACGUUCCCGUGGAGGUUCCCUUGGAGGAGCCAGCCGUCGAGGUUGUUGAGGCGACAAAUGAGGGCGACGCCAAGUCGACCGAAGAGACAGCAACUGCCAGUCCAGUGGCUCCUGAGCCCAACGUGUCAGAGGAACCGAUGCUGCAGGUUCGCAGCCGACGCGGCCUGCGUAAGCGACGGAGGAAGGCCUUGCUUGAGGC